UAAAAAAAAAGUAAUAAAAAAACAAAAAACAAUACUUUCAAUCUUUAUUCUAUUAAAUUAAAGUAGAUCUCUCCUAAAUCUAACAUACUAGUUGCAAGCUACCUGAAUAGCUUUUAAAAGAGAUAACUAUCAAAGUUUUAAUUCAUACUCAUAUUCAUAAUGAUAAACUCGCUAUUGAACUUAAACUCAUAGGUAGAUGCCGCCUAAGAUUUGUAGUCUACUACUGAAUUUAUUGAAUAAAUUAAUAUUGGAGAAAGAGCAGAAGAAGCUAAAAAAGGAUAUUAGUCUGAAAAGGAAGGGUAUUAUUCUUAAAGCUAGAUUACAUUACUCUAAGUAGGAAAUAUUUAAAACUAUGCCAAAAAAUAAAAGAUUAAAGCAGCUAAGCAAGGAAUUUAAUUUUUUAGUGCUCUUUCUUCCUUAAACAAUACUAAAAAUUUUAUAGAAGACUAAUUUUUUGAAGAAUUAAAUCAGGAUGAAGUUAGGUUUUAGAAUGAAUAAACUCUUGAGUUUCUUAACAUUAAAAAGUGCACAAAUAUAAUUAGCUAAAUAUUAGGAGAAUAGAUCUCAUUGCAGUUUAAUGUCAUUUUCAACCAAUUUAAAAGGUAAAAUAUCCAAGAAAUAAAUUGUCUUGAGUAGCUUUGGGAAGAAUAUAGAUAGUAGAAUUUACAUUAAGAUGUGUUUAAAGCAGCAUACUUGCUAAUAAAUAUAACAACAUUUCAAAAUAAUAGCAAACUUUAUGGAUAAAUUAAGAACUUAUGUGUAGAAUUGAGAAAAAUCAAUUCUACAAAGUCAAAAAAAUUCAAAGCCUUCAUAAAAGAUAUAUCAUAUGAAUAUCAAAUUAAUCAAAUAUACGACUAAUGA